AAGAAAUCAAUUAUUAUUCCAACUCUUUUAAGAGAAAACAUGGGGUUCUCACUAAAGCUCUGUCCAUUGGUCUUCCUGCUUUUGUUUUUCCUUGCUUUUUCAUUCUCUUCAUCGUCAUCUUCUUCUUCAGCAACACAGCUCUGUUCUCAUGAGCAUGCCACAUUUUUGUUGCAAUUCAGUAGUGCUUUUUCCAUCAAUAAGAGUGCUUCUGAGUGUGAAUAUUUUUCUAGUGUCAAAUCUUACUCUAAGACACUGUCAUGGAAGGAGGGUACAGAUUGUUGCUUCUGGGACGGGAUCACAUGUGACAAUAUCACAGGUAAUGUAAUUGAUCUUGAUCUCAGCUGCAGCAAUCUUUAUGGCUCCUUCCCUUCCAACAGCAGCCUUUUUCUCAUCAAAAGCUUGGAAAGCCUCAAUCUUUCCAACAAUGAUUUUAACCUUUCCAAGAUUCCAAGAGAAAUUGGUCAGUUUGUGAGCUUAAAACACCUUGACCUUUCUUAUUCUUUGUUCUCAGGACAAUUUCCGAACGAGAUCACCCACCUUUCUAAGUUAGUUUCACUUAAUCUCUCUAAUUUUGAGUUGAAACUUGAAGAAGCAACUUUCAAGAGUCUUGCUCAAAACUUAAGUGAGAUAAGAGAACUUAUCCUUAGUGAAGUGAACUUGUCAUCUUUGAAUCCUCGUUACGUAAUGAAUCUUUCUUCUUCUUUGAUAGAUCUUGAUCUCUCUUCUUCUGACUUAGAAGGAAAAUUUCCACACAACAUUCUCCAGUUUCCCAAUCUUAAGUCUCUUACACUAGGUGGAAGUGAACAACUUACCAUUAGUCUUCCAAAGUCUAAUUUGAGUAGUCCUCUUGAAUUCUUGGAUCUAGAAUACAUGCGUUGCUCAGAACUUUUUCACUCAAUAAGCGACUUGAAGUCAUUGAAAGUUUUAAUUCUAGAGUGCAACUUGGAAGGUUCCAUUCCAUCUUCAAUAGGGAACUUAUCACAGCUUAGUAUGGUCGACCUUUCAUCGAACAAUUUGAGUGGGAAUGACACUUUGGAAUAUCUAAAUCUUUCUCACAACUUUUUGAUGGCUUUAGAGCAAAUCCCUUGGAGGAACAUUAGAACUCUUGACAUCCGAUCCAAUAUGCUUCAAGGAGUAUUUCCAGUUCCACCAAUCAAAAUGAUCUUCCUUUUAAUCUCAACCAAUAACUUGUCUGGGGAGAUUUCUUCUGAACUUUGCAAAGCUAAUUCCCUUGAAAUUCUCGACUUCUCACACAACAACUUAAGUGGGAUGAUUCCGAAUUGUCUUCCUAAAUUGAGCAAAAGUCUUUUUGUAUUGAAUAUGCAAGCGAAUAGGUUUCAUGGAAAUAUGCCAUCAAUGUUUCCAAAAGGAUGUAGAAUACAAAAUUUCAAUUUGCAUGGAAAUCAAAUGGAAGGCCUAUUACCUAGAUCCUUGGUGAAUUGUAGGAUGUUGGAGGUUCUAGACAUCGGCAACAACAACAUAAAGGACACAUUCCCCUACUGGUUGGAAUCACUUCCCAAGCUACAAGUGCUUGUUCUAAGGUCAAACAAAUUUCAUGGUUUUGUGCACAACACCAAAGCAAAUUCAUCUUUCCCCAAGUUACGGGUUUUGGACCUAUCUAACAAUAAUUUUGUUGGUCCUUUGCCUGUGCACUACAUUGAAAAUCUCAAAGCUAUGGUAAAUGCUCAGGAAGAUGGCAAGAACUCCGCACAAUACAUGGGGGGAAGAUUUUCAUAUGAAUAUUCAAUAAUGGUGACAAUGAAAGGACUUUUCAUUGAACUUGAAAAAGUUUUGACCAUAUUUUCAAGCUUUGAUCUCUCAAAAAACAAGUUUGUUGGAGAGAUACCAAAAGUUAUUGGAAAGCUUAGUUCCCUCAAAGGACUUAAUCUUUCUCAUAACAACCUUAAUGGUUCUAUCCCACAUUCACUUGGGAACUUGACCAAUCUCGAAUGGUUGGACCUAUCUUCCAAUGAGCUAGUUGGGGAAAUUCCACAAGAGUUGGUAUCUUUAACAUCACUUUCUGUUCUAGACCUUUCCAACAAUCAACUUGAUGGGUGUAUACCACAAGGCAAUCAAUUCAACACCUUUGAAAACAGUUCAUAUAAGGGAAACCCUAUGUUAUAUGGAUUUCCAUUAACAAAAUCUUGUGAUGGAAAUGGGAUGUUGCAACAACCACUCGGCUCCUUCCAUGGAAAAGUUCAUAAGUUAUGGGAAUUUGGUUGGAGAGUUGUGCUGCUAGGGUAUGUAUGUGGAUUGGUGUUUGGACUACUAAUGGGGUAUUUUGCCUUCCAAAUUGGAAAACCAAAAUGGUUUGUGACUUUGUUUGUUGGCCAACAUAAUCAAAAAGCAAGGAAUGUGAAGAAAGCUUGAACAUGUGCUCAAAGAACUUAAUUGCAGAUUUGUUGACUAAGACCUCAGUGUCUGCUAAAUGUUCCUGUUUUGAUUGAAUUGUGUUUUUUUAUGACAUGCAUAAUCUUUUCAUCUUCUCUGUGUACUUUGUAAUUCUUUAUCUCUGUUGGAAAAUAUGUUUAAAAGGUCAGCUCAAUGUAAUUACUGUUGAAUACAAUAAAUGUAAAAUUUCUGU